AUGGCUUCAUCAAUGAUCUGUUUCUUUCUAUUGCUUCUUCUUCCAAUAGCUUUUUCUGAGCCGACAAGGUAUUGGGACAUAACAGGGCAUGGAGAAAACUAUCGGGGCUUGGAUAGAAUCGAAGGAACGAAGUUUAGAAUCAUAUCUCAAAACGAAGAACAAGUGGAGAUUUCGUUCUCUAGAAAAUGGAAUGGUGAUUCUCAUUCUCAUUUUCCAUUGAAUGUAGACAAGAGGUAUAUUAUACGUACAAAUACGUCAGGAAUCUACACAUACGGAAUCUUCGAGAGACUUCCCGAAUGGCCAGAGGUCGAGAUGGGUCAAGUUCGAAUCGCAUUCAAACUAAACCCCGAUAGAUUCCAUUACAUGGUUGUGGCGGAUGAUCGGCAAAGAGAAAUGCCGACUGACGAUGACCGUGACAUCCACCGUGGACAUGCCAAGGCUCUAGCUUACAAAGAGGCCGUAGAAUUGACCCAUCCUCGUAACCCCAUGUUCAAAAACCAGGUGGAUGAUAAGUACCAGUACUCUUGUGAGAUCAAAGACAACAAGGUGCACGGUUGGAUCUCAACCAAAUCCCACGUCGGUUUUUGGCUCAUCUCACCAAGCGGCGAAUACCGUUCUGGUGGACCGAUCAAGCAGGAGCUCACCUCUCACGUCGGUCCCACGGCCCUCACGACUUUUAUAAGCGGACAUUAUGUUGGUACGGACAUGGAGACACAUUACAGAACUGGUGAAGCAUGGAAAAAGGUCUUGGGACCUAUUUUCAUUUACUUAAAUUCUGAUUCUACCGGCAAUUAUCCUUCCGAUUUAUUAUGGGAAGAUGCUAAACAACAGACCAAAGAAGAAGUUAAAGCCUGGCCGUACGAUUUUGUAGCAUCCUCUGACUUUCCUUCUCGUAAAGAAAGAGGAAUCGUUACUGGUCGUCUCUUAGUCAACGACAGAUUUUUUACGCCGGGAAAAUCUGCAUACGUCGGUUUAGCACCGCCGGGAGUAGCUGGUUCAUGGCAGACAAAUACUAAGGGUUAUCAAUUUUGGACAAAGACUAACGAAACCGGUUAUUUCACGAUCGAUAACGUUAGACCGGGAACUUACAAUCUGUACGGAUGGAUUCCCGGUUUUAUCGGUGAUUUUCGAUACCAAAACCGUGUUGACGUAGCCGCUGGUUCUAAGAUUAGCCUUGGUAGAGUCGUGUACGAGCCUCCUAGGAACGGUCCAACGAUAUGGGAGAUUGGUGUACCGGAUCGAACCGCACGAGAAUUCUUUGUACCGGAGCCAUACAAGAAUUCAAUGAACCCCUUAUACCUAAACCACACGGACAAUACGGAUUGUGGCAACGAUAAACAGAGUUAUAUCCAAACCGUGAUCUUGUCUACACAAUUGGAGCUAGUAACUAUAGCCAAGACUGGUUCUACGCUCAUAAACAUUGGUGAUUCGACCUACGAACCAACGACAUGGCAGAUUGUGUUUAAUCUUCCAUACGUGAACUGGCGAGGUAGCUACACAUUGCAGCUAGCUUUAGCCUCGGCAUCACGGGCUAAUCUACAAGUACGAUUCAACAGCGAAUACUCGAUGCCAUUUUUCUCAACGGGUAAUAUCGGAAGAGAUAAUGCUAUUGCAAGACAUGGGAUCCAUGGAAUUUACCGCCUUUACAGCAUCAAUGUGCCUGGAAGGUUGCUAAGAACCGGGACCAACACGAUUUAUCUUCGACAGGCUAAAGUGUUCGGACCGUUUGAAGGUCUUAUGUAUGAUUACAUUCGUCUCGAAGAGCCUUCUAGAGAUUAG